AUGGGCGCGACGGGUGGUGGAAUGGGCCAGGGAGCUGCACCUGCACGUUUUUUGGGGUCUGGCGGGCCAUACCAGCGGGCUGUUGGGGGUGGCGGACAGCAGCUGUCACCGACAGCCUCGCAUACAGUGGCUGGCCUCCGCUGUUUUGGCUGUGGAGAGGUUGGCCAUCGACAGGCGGUUUAUCCGAAGAAUACCGCCACGCGAGCAUUGUUUACGGAGGAGGCCUUGGAUGUUGUCACCGGCGAAGGUUAUGGGGGACCACCGGUGUAUGAUGUCGAACCAGGGGAGGUUGAGGAGUAUGUGGGCAGAGAUGUGGAUACGACUUUGAAUUUAUAA